GGGAGGAGCUGAAAACGGAGAUAUAAAGCCGGACACGUUGUGGCUCCCGUAGUUUGCUGCAAUUACGUCAGUCAUGGCAGAUCACGUGGCGUUUGCUUACUUGAUCGCAGAUGAGCUGGAAGCAAUAGAAAAUCCAUUAUUUUUGCAAUACAUUGAGCACGAUGAGCAACAAAGAAUGGUUCCAAAAAUAGCCAAUUUUGUGGAGGAUGUUGUCCCUCUCUACAGUCUCUCAGAAUUUAGAAGUCAUUUCAGGCUUUCCAGAGAACAAGUGGAGGAUGUCAUCACUACCCUUGGUCCUGUGUAUAUGAAUUUACAACAGACCAAACUGCCACUCACGAACAGUGUUCUUGCCUGCCUUUGGACAUUGGUGAAUCAGGAGUCAUAUCGUGGGGUGGCAGAUAGAUUUAACAUGUCAAAAUCCACUCUUGCCAAGCAUCUCCAUGAGUUUUGUUACAAUAUUAACACAUACAUGGCCCACCACAUAUCCUGGCCCAGAGGUCAAAGGCUGGAGAUGUCAAAGUUAGGCUUUGACACAGCAGGUUUCCCCAACACUGUAUGUGCGGUAGAUGGGUGUCACAUUCCUAUAAUGAGACCCCACUGUGAUAAUCCCCUAGCAUACAUGAAUAGGAAACAGUUUUAUUCUGUAAAUUUAACUGGGUUUUGUGACAGUCAGCGGCGCUUCUGUCACAUUAGUGUGGGUCACCCUGGGAGUUGGCAUGAUGCCAGAGCAUUUCGCUUCACAGAAGUUUGUCGUGUUCUUGAAGAAGAUCCUCAUUCACUUGUUCCACAGGGAAUGCACAUAAUUGGGGAUUCUGCCUACCCUUUGUUGCCUCAAACUUAUGAGGCCUUAUAG